UUUUCUAACAGUCCAGUUAGCCUGCUGGAGAAUGGGUAGCAUUACUGAUGAUGAGGUUAUUCGGAAGCGUCUUCUGAUCGAUGGAGAUGGAGCUGGAGAUGACAGACGCAUUAAUGUGCUCAUGAAGAGCUUCACCAAAUGGUGCCACUCCAGUUUCUCACCAGAGGAGGGGAUGUCUCAGUAUCAAAGAAUGAUGAUGUCCUUGGCUCAGUGUGAAUUCUCAAUGGGGAAAACCUUGCUUGUGUACAACAUGAACCUGAAAGAAAUGGAGAAUUAUGAAGGAAUCUAUACCGAUAUUGAGAAAAGUAUUGCGUCAGCACAUGAAAAAAUUGCAGAGUGCAAAAAGGAAAUCCAGAGAGCGAAAAGGAUACGAAAAAACCGACAAGAGUACGAUGCUUUGGCCAGAGUUAUUAAGCAACAUCCAGACAGACAUGAGACCUUAAAGCAGCUUGAGGCUUUAGACAAAGACCUUCAGCAGCUUUCACACAUCAAAGAGAAUGUGGAGGACAAGUUGGAACUUCGUAAGAAACAGUUCCACGUCCUCCUUACCACCAUUCAGGAACUUCAGCAGACUUUGGAGAAUGAUGAGAAGAUGGAAAGCGACGAUACCCAGGACAGCCCGAUGGAAAACGGAGACUAGACAUUUGCAUUUGUACAGUUUUCUUAAGAUGUUCUUUUAUUUUUCAGGAGCUCAUAUUAAUUUUUUUUCAUUUUAGUCUGUUUUUUGAUGUUGGCAAUGUACAGAAUUAAAGCAGUUUCAUGAUAAACUAAA